CAACAUAUUUCAAAACUGAUUCAAUUUUAGCUUACGAUAUUCUCGUUGAAAACAUUUGGUUGUAUCUUAUUUGUGGAUACAGUUAAAGUUUUACCAUUAUGGCGCAAUCUGAUGAGGUAUUCGAACGGAUUCAAGAAUGGAAGACGAAUUUCGACAAGCAGGGUGAAGCAAAAUUAGCGGAAAUUCAGCGACUUAUUAAUGUGAACGAUGUUCUUGAGGCAUAUUUCCAAGAAAUUGAUCAACUGCCGGAAGAACUCCGCAAAAGCAGCCUGUAUAAAUUCAUUUCAACAUGUGAAGCUACUGAUGCAAUUUUCGAUGAGCUCGUUGGUGAGCCGGGUGUUAGUCAGGAAACUGGAAACAGAUCCAGAAUGGAGCAGAAACCAAACACUUGGGCAAAUCGGCUUCGAGGGCCACGAAAAUUGGUUCCCAAACCAUCUUACUCAUCAUCAAACAUAAGGACUCCAGCGUCCAGAAAUUCCAAAUCCAUUGUAUUGAAAACGCCUACUGGAAAUGUCCGCUUGCCUCGGGCUAUAACGCCAAAAAUCCGAGAUGGUGAUGAUAUUAAGUUUCGGACUCUGCGUCGAGAGGAAGUGGCAUUCUCAGUUGCUGGCACUCCAGUAGUUGCAGGAAACGAAACAGAGGGUGAUGAAAAUGUCUUCCUUGUCAAUGAGCUGCUUCAUGCAAGAGAUGAAGAAUUAACACCACAGACGCGAAACGUUGUGCAGGGAAUGAAACAGCUGAUUGGGCGAAUCCGUACCAGCGAGAUUCCUGAACAUUUCUAGAUCCUUAUAUUUCCAUUUACUAGCUUUUUUUUGACUAGCUUGGAAGCUCUGUAAAACUUUAUAAUAAAAGAGCAUAUUUUACUAGUUAGGUUUAUCGAGGUUUUAUAUUGUUUAUAAAGUUGCAAAUAUAGAUGUAAUGCAUUUGCAUCUUUGCUGGAAUUCAGGAUCUACUUUAAAUAAUUUACUCAUGAUCUGCAUUAGCAAAAUGGAACAGAUUUGCCCGCGAACUCAUAUCUCCCAGUUGUAGUUGAUUUUUAAAUACUUUGCUGUUUCCAUCAUUUACUUGUGGUUCUGUAUUUAUUGACGUCAAAUUUCCUACAAAAUCUGGUUUUGUUUUUGUUAGCUGAAUUUAUAUUAUGAAAGGAACAGUGAGUCUGUGAUCAUGAGUUAGAAUUGCUUUGGAUAUGUGUCUUUUUGGCUUAUCUGUGGAUGUGCUGCGUUAUGGAUUUGUCUUUGAACUGAUGUAUCUUUUUUGAAUACAAUUAUCUAAUGCAUUUGUCGCCCAAAAGAUCCGCUGAUUGGAUUAUUUCGCUUUGCUCCUGGUACUUCCAGUAAAAUAACACAAGC